AUGAUCGCAAUCGUAGGCGCAGCCGGAAAAGUCGGCUUCGCAACAGCCACAGCAUUGCGCAACGCAGGUGUGCCAGUCAGAGCAAUCCUGCGCGAGGAGACCAAGGCAUCGCGCCUAACCGAGAUCGGGUGUGAGACUGCUGUAGCCGACCUGCAGGACUCGGCUGCGCUCGCUAGAGCCAUUGGUGAUGCAGAGUCCGUCCAGGUCAUCAUCCCACCUGCGCCGCAGGUCAAGGACACGGCUGCGCAGAUGCGACAGGCGAUCGAAAGCGUGGCCACGGCCCUGGAAACCGUACGACCAAAGCACAUCUUGGCCAUCUCUGACUAUGGCGCUCACGUCGACCGUGAUAUCGGCAUGCCCACUCUGUGUCGGUCGUUUGAGGAAAGGGUUAGCAAAGUCGACAAUGCUCGCAAGAUCAUCCUGCGCUCGGCGGAACAUAUGCAAGGCUGGGGACCUGCCGUCCUUGCCGCAGUCACAUCCGGUGUGCUUACGUCGUUCCAUGAUCCAGUCGACAUGCGCUUUCCCACGAUUUCGGCUCCAGACCUGGGCGUCAUUGCCGCUAACCUUUGGCUGCAACUCGAUGCGGACGGGAAGGAUGUCGAGAUCGUGCAUGCGGAAGGACCUGACCGGUACAGCGCAAAUGAUGUCGCGGCAUCAUUAAGUGAGCUGCUGGGAAGGUCGAUCCGGGUGCAGACUGUGCCUCGUACGCAAUGGAGAGCCGCCUUCGAAACCGUCAUGAGCCCGACCCUUGCCGACCUUCUCAUCAAAGCCAACGACGCACAGAAUCAGCCUGGUGUCGUAGAUGUCGACCCGAACUGCAAAGAUGUACGUUAUGGCACGACAACCUUGAUAGAUGCCUUGAGGCCGCUUAUUCCGAAAACGCAAUAA